GGCGACCCUUUUGGAAACGCAUGGAAACGCAACACUUGGGUUGACCCGAUUGACAGACUGGCUAUAUUCCAACAGGGUCUGAGACACAACGAUGUGUUCUAAACAGCAAAGAAAAUGUGUGACCCACUGGAUAUUAAACUGAAACAUGACAAGGAACCCUUAAGUUCAAAUACGUUCUGAAAAACAGCUUCCAGAGACUUAAGUUACACCACAUUAUUGCCUUUAUAGGCUGAUUGACAAGUCAACAUGUCCUUCAAACGUGAAACAGAUUCAGAUUCAUCCUACGUUGAACAACUUAAGGAACGACGCGUGAGUGAGCUCCUAGCUGAAAAUAUCCCAGAGGACGAAGCACUUCUUAUUAAGAACGGCAGAUAUGCAUGUUUGGUAUGCAGCCAUCGACCAAUAUGUGAUACUCUCCCAAUGUUGUCUCGACACAGAGCUGGAAAAAAACAUCUCUACUGCCUUUCGAAGUUCAUGGAGAAGAAGACGGAGAUGGAGCUACUCAUAUUAAAGCAUCAACAAAAAAACACCUUGAAGAUUGACCAAGCUAACAACCCAGUGUCAACAGCUGUCCCCCAAAAUAAUCAAAGCCGUGCUCAUCAACUGAGUGGAAUGAUAAGGACGUCCUCUACAAACAACCAAGAUAAAAAACGCUCGAAGCUCUCUCCUUACAGUCGCAAGGCGAAAAUUUAUUUAAAUAAAUCUGAUGGCUGUAGCAUAGGAUUUAUUUCUCAAAGGCACAUUAACAAUGUAGCGGAUGAGGUUACAAAAUAUGUUAACAGGACUUGGCAAAAGAAUGACUUUGUUGAUACUGUUAUGAAGGAGAGAUGUUUGUCUCAAAUGCCACAGUCUACAAGCACAGCGCCUGCAAUAAUGGACAAAAACCCACCUGAAGACACAUCACAGAGCACUGGAGGAAAAGCAUCAACUAUAGUCGAUUCAGAAUUGAACCUAAAGAGAGAGAAAUAUUACCAGAAUCUGCGAGCCUCAGGAUGGAAGAGAAAUUUGUUGGGAAACUGGACAAGGGAUAAUGAAGCUGAGUUUGACAGUGAUGAAGAGCCUCCACAAGAGUUUGAAAACCAACUUCAAUAGUUUUCUUAAUUUCUUGUUCCUGUGAACAUUAUUUUAACUGUUUUUAUAUAUACAGUAUUUGUUUUUCUUAAAAGGCACAAUCA